AUGCUUGAAACGCACACCGACGACGACAGAUCCUCUGACUGGACGGUCAUUUUCGACGGGCAUCGAAAACAUGAAUACUUGAAAUCUCUCACUAUCUAUCACGACUACGACUCCUCCCGAUCGCACCUCGUCUUGGAUGCGCCUAAUCUCACCCACUUGGUGUUGCGAGAUACCGUCCCGAGUUUGGCUUCGCCUUUACGUCUCUUGAGGGUGCUCAAGAUUGACCUAGGCGGUGGCGGAGUGACGCUGGGAAAUGAUGGACCUGUCAUGAACAUACUUCAUGGGACACCUCUUCUAUCCGAGCUUGACUUCAAUUUCCUUUAUAGGCCAGGGGUAGCCGGUCCCUUGUUAGAGUCUGCCACUUAUAGUGCGCCGGUCACUCUCAAUCACCUCCAGUCGGCUCGCAUAACACAAUUCGCACGCCUUAAUAACCAGUCCAUGGUGUGGCCAUCGAUAAGAGUGCCCGAAUCCGCGUCUUUGCGUAUCAAAAUGCGCGGAGCGGCUGUUGACUGCUACGUCGAUCUAGUCCACGCACUCUCGCGUCAAUUGCGAUAUGAGGACUAUCAUCAUCUCGAUUUACGAUUGGGAAGAAACUUUCAAAUUGCGCUACUUUCAGCGCCUGGGAAACUAAAUGGUGGCCCAUCCGUGUUUUUUCAGCACAGCGCAGGCAACGCUAUACAGUGGGACACUAUUCUUGGACUCCUUCCGAGCAACAUGCGCCCCGAGCUCGUAACCUCUAUGAAUGUUUGCGCUCGAAUGCCAUACGACUCCGGCAGCUCGGCCACAGCACUUAACACGUUCUUUGAUGCCUACCCCGCAGUUGUUACACUGCAGUUGGACACGGAUGCGUACGUGAAUCGCAAUCUCCACCGGCUCAUCGCAGAGAACGCGCGAGCUGCCGGCGCCGGCGAUAAAACGCUCCUCUUUCCUGUCCUGGAUACGAUUAUCAUUUCCAGAGGUGCACAUCGAAUACUGGCGGGAGUGAGAGUGAACAUCGAGGGGCACUGGAACCUCGUCAUCGAGAUGUUGAAGCAACGGGCAGCUAUCGGCAAGCGCGUGAGGCGUGUGGCGUUGGUCGGGGAAUGGUCUGCGGGGAACUCAGCUGAGGGUGCCGUCGUGUUGCAAAGGAUUGAGGAGCACGCGAUAGGCUUGCUCGCACAGCUGGUAGAUGAGGUGGAAGAUCGGAGGCUGUCGGCGACCUUGGAUUCGGUCGUGUAG